AUAUAGGAUUUACAUUAAGAGUUAUUCUUAUUAUUAUUUUCAAUUUUCAUGAAUCAAACUCUAACCUAAUCUUCAGAAAUAGAUACCAAUAACAUAUUGGGUUUGCAUUUUUCGAAACAACAAAACCUUAGGGGAGAGCAAGUAACGCAACGCAAACACAAACGCCCAGCAUUCCUUCACAUUCGCAUUCACAUUCACCCUUCAGCGUGACCUUUCCUUACCCAAUUCCUUUCCUUUUCUUUCUCGCCCUUCCACAAUCUCUUCGAUUCCAUUUCUUCUUCGCUUCCAGGUAAAUCCACCUUCUCCUGUAUCUCUCUGCUACCCUUGAUUUUUAUAAUUGGAAUCUUGAGCGAGGGAUGGUGCUUAAUUUGCGUUAAUUUUGGUUCUAUUUCGAGUUGAUCCGGUACCAUUUGCUCUGUCAUCUCCAAUUUCCACUUUACGACUCUGUCACCAUUCUCGUACUUGAUACACUGCUAUUUCGUUUUUUUCUUUUUUCUUUCCGGUGCUGAAAAAUUUUAGGGCUGGAAUCCCAAUUUGAAUUUUGAGAGCUAUGUUCUGUUGUCUUGUGCGUUAAGUGGUUCGUGAAUCCAAAACAACGUCACUGGUUACGAGUCUCUUUGUUUUUCCCGUUUAACCUUGUUCGUUACAUAAUUCUUCGUUGAACUGAGUAGGGCCUUUUUGUAGUCAAGACAUUUUCUGGAAAUUUCAGUUCAUUGCUGUGAGAUCAUUCACUGAAUUUCGGAGCUUGUAUUGUUCUUCGGUUAUUAAUCCAUGUUGAACCUAUUAUGAAAGCAUUGCAUCGCAUUUUGUUCAAAAGAUGGUCAUUUUUUUUUGCUUCCCUUUGCAUUCUUUGUUUUUUAUUGGUGAUGCUUUGGGUUCUCCCUGCCAUGGGUAUUGUUUUUUCAUGUAGCUCUUUUACAUAGGUUUGCUGUAGUAUGUAAUUGGAAAUGGAAUUUAUUUGUCCUUUGACAGAUCAAUAUUGCUUUUACCUUUGUUUUUGCUUGGGAACAUCUACGUUCAAAGGUUCAAUAUAAGUCGUUCAUGGUUUUCUCAAAUGACAAAGAAGCAUUUUGCUCUAUUUGUGCUUGAUAAGAAAAGGAGUCCAGUGCAUGAACCUUUUACAAUUUCGAUGAAUUAGGUGUCUCUGAUAUUGUUAUUUCAUUGACUAAUUUUGAACUAGCUUGUGCUUUUUGUUGCCCUACAAUCGGGACUGGACAUUUAGUUUGGGAGUUUACUAUUUAAUAACUCUUCAGUAUGCAUUUUGCUAUAGUUUUGAAAUCAUGCAACAGAGCUGUGAAAAGCUAAAGUUAAAACAUAGGGAAGUUCCACGUAACUUUUAAUAAAAGGUCCAGGCAUGGAAUGCAGCUGCUUUAUUAUGUUUAUAACUUAUAACUCAUCCAAGGCCUCACAUAUGUCAAGAGGCAAUCCCCCGCUGUAAACAAAGAGAAAUAUGUAAAACAUUAAAAGUGCAAGUCUGUAUUUGGGCAUGAUUUGAGAAAUAGGUUCUGCUGGUUGAUUAACCAUGAUAACAUCUAUUGAAUUCUACAAUUCCUGUACUUAUAUUGAAAAUUGGUUUUGAUAGUAAAACUUGAGAAUGUGUUGAGUGAAGGGAUGGGCAAAUUUAUUUGAAGGUAAUCCCUUUUCCUUCUUGUGUCCUUUAUACGUGGAAUCAACAAAUACUGAGUUGCACUCUUGUGCUUCCUGUGUCCUUUAUAAAUCCUUAUUUUUAUCCUGCCAUAUAGUCUAUAGAGUAAGAUGAGCCAAGGUCCAUAAUUGUAGGUGUGUCUAUUUGAGUUAAACUUUGAUAACCAGGCAUGGUUUGUGUGAGUAGUUAUAGUUUUAUGAGAGCAAUCAAGCAAUUAAUUCUAGUGGUUGAUUUAAGUUUUCAGAGGGGGUGAGGUUGAAAGCUGUAGACUUUCUAUAGGUAAUAUGCAGUCUCAAUUUUGCAAUGGGAUGGAGAAGGUAGAUUAAAUGCAAACUCAUGAUGUAGAGAACAUGGGACAAUCGCUGGGGCUAUGUGGGUGAAAAUGUGAGAUUGUUCAGAAGGCACUUUUGGCUUCAUCUUCAACAAUCAGCUUGUCUUUGGUUGACUUAUGAAAGAAACUAUUAUGUGCUAGUGUCUGCAUUGUCAACAUGACUUCUACCAUUAGGUAGAGGGAGGGACCACUGGUUUGAAAUCCUAUGGGUGCACCUUCUAUAUAGCAGAAACUCAUUGGCGGAGAGUUAUCAGAAAUAUAUGAAAUAGUAGUUGUAAAUUCGUAAUGUCUGGACUGAUUGAAGGACUUCCUGAUGCUGUUGCAAUUAGGUGCCUUGCACGGGUUCCCUUCUACCUCCACCCAAAGUUAGAGCUUGUGUCUCGUUCUUGGCAAGCAGCUAUUCGUAGCCCUGAAUUAUUUAAAGCUCGGCAGGAGGUUGGUUCAACUGAAGAUCUGUUAUGUGUCUGUGCUUUUGAUCCAGAGAACCUAUGGCAGCUGUAUGACCCUAUGCGAGAUCUCUGGAUCACACUUCCUGUUCUUCCCUCAAAGAUCAGGCACCUUUCUCACUUUGGUGCAGUUUCCACUGCUGGAAAGUUGUUUGUGAUUGGUGGUGGAAGUGAUGCUGUUGAUCCUUUGACUGGGGACCAAGAUGGUUGUUUUGCAACGGAUGAAGUUUGGUCCUAUGACCCUGUAGUCAGACAGUGGGCCCCUCGGGCUUCAAUGCUAGUUCCCCGUUCUAUGUUUGCAUGCUGUGUUUUAAAUGGGAAAAUUGUUGUUGCUGGGGGCUUCACUAGCUGCAGAAAAUCAAUAUCUCAAGCAGAAGUGUAUGAUCCUGAGAAGGAUGUUUGGAUUCCAAUGCCUGAUCUUCAUCGCACUCAUAAUUCAGCCUGUUCAGGAGUAGUGAUUGGUGGAAAGGUGCAUGUACUGCACAAGGAUAUGUCAACAGUGCAAGUUUUAGACAACGCAGGGCCUGGGUGGAUCGUUGAGGAAUGUGCGUGGCUCCAAGGUCCAAUGGCAGUUGUCCAGGAUGCACUUUAUGUGAUGAGCCAUGGAUUUAUCAUCAAGCAAGACAAAGAAGCAAGAAAGUUUGUAGGUUCAGCAUCAGAGUUUCGAAGGAGAAUUGGAUUUGCGAUGAUUGGACUAGGUGAUGAGUUAUACGUGAUUGGAGGCUUUAUUGGCCCUGAUAGAUGGAAUUGGGACAUUAAGCCAUUAUCUGAUGUUGAUGUUCUCACUCUUGGGAGCGAGAGACCAACAUGGCGCCAGGCAGCUCCAAUGACAAGGUGUCGUGGUACUAUUCUUGGUUGUACGCCGCUUAGAAUUUAGGCCUUUGCUUUCUAGGCGCUCGUGUAAUUUGUGAUCAUGGGGAUUAUUUGGAUCCCUUCAACUAGACAAAGAAUCAGUUGUUCAAUGGCUUCUCUGUUUUGUAUGCAAGCCAUAAUAUUUGUCUUUUGUUUUUAUAUUGAUCACAUGUGGUAACGAGGUAUUAGCUUCUGUGUCUGUUCUGUUCGUAGCAAAAUAGUAAAGGACCACCAUUAAC